CGCAUGCGCACAGUGCACAGAAGGCCUUGCAAAUACCGGGUGCGGGUUGAAAACGACAAGGAAUUUGUCUAUGGGAAUUCAAACACAACACACCAGUUGUGCUGUCUCUGUCUAAAUAUUUAAGGAACAAGGGAUUCAAUCAACCAUUUUUCCUGUUCAGACCGUGGGGAGGGAUUCACUCGGUCAUCUGACCAACUAGCAAACCCGUCAUUUUAAAAAAGGGGAAAGGCUGUUCACCUGCUCAGACAGUGGGAAUGGAUUGACUCAGUCAUCUCAACUGAAGGUACUUCAGAAGGUUCACACUGGGCAGAGGCUGGUCAUCUGCUGACGUUGUGGGGAAGGAUUCACUCGGUCAUGUAGUCUAAUGGCUCACCAGCGAGUUCACACCAGGGAGCGGCCGUUCACGUGCUCAGACUGUGGGAAGGGAUUCACUCGGUCAUCUCACCUAAUGAGACACCAGACAGUUCAUACUGGGGAGCGACCGUUCACCUGCUCAGAAUGUGGGAAAGGAUUCACUCAGUCAUCUGAACUACUGGCACACCAGUCAGUUCACACUGGGGAGAGGCCGUUUAACUGCUCCGAAUGUGGGAAGGGAUUCACUCGAUCAUCUCACCUACUGGCACACCAGCGAGUUCACACUGGAGAGAGGCCGUUCACCUGCGCAGACUGUGGGAAGGGAUUCUCUUGUUCAUCUGAUCUCCAAAAACACCAGCGAGUUCACAGUGGGGAGAGGCUGUUCACCUGCUCAGACUGUGGGAAGGGAUUCACUCAGUCAUCUGAUAUGCUGGCACAACAGCGAUUUCACACUGGGGAGAGGCCAUUCAUUUGCUCAAACUGUGGGAAGGGAUUCACUCAGUUAUCCACCCUACAGAGACACCAGUCAGUUCACACUGGGGAGUGGCCAUUCAUCUGCUCAGAAUGUGGGAAAGGAUUCACUCAGUCAUCCCAAAUCCUGGCACAUCGGUCAGUUCACACAGGGGAGAGGCCGUUCACCUGCGGUGAAUGUGGGAAGGGAUUCACUCAGUUAUCCAAACUACUGGCACAUCGGUCAGUUCACACAGGGGAGAGGCCGUUCACCUGCGGUGAAUGUGGGAAGGGAUUCACUCAGUUAUCUCAUCUACAGAGACACCAGCGAUUUCACACUGGGUAGAGGCCAUUCACCUGCUCAGACUUUGGGAAGAGAUUCUCUCAGUUAUCUCCACCAAAUGUGCGUCAUUGACUUCACACUGGGGAGUGGCCAUUCACCUGCUGUGAAUGUGGGGAAGGAUUCACUCAGUAAUCAAACCUUCUGACACACUACUGGGUUCACACUGGGGAGAAAGUUUCAAUAAGCUGAAUGCUGGAUAUUUGUCCAUCACCGUUGCUGAAUGCAAUGUCAAGAGUGACUGUAAGGGCUGAACUCUGCAAUUAUUGCUGCUGCUCACCACACCCAGUUCUGCACCCUGGUCACUGGGCAUGGGAGGAGUUCCUCCUGCUGCAUAUUCACCUUUAAUGGGACUGGAGUUUAAUUCUCUGAAUCUGUGACAAAUAAAUCAGUUCUAUUUUAAACUCU